AUGAAGGACAAGAAGAUAAUUCCUCUCAUGUCCUUAAACACCGCCAAGAACACAGCGAGAGCAAGCAAUGACGAAGAGAAAAAACCUCUCAUGUUCUUAGUUUGGUGGUACACGGUUUCCCAGAUUUAUAACAGCCCUUUCUGCUUUCCAUUGAAAGUACGAGGAAUUUGUGUCGUUAAGGCUGAAAGUGUAUGUCAUAAAAUGAGGAUUUUCAUAUUAUUCCUCUAUUACGGGACAACAGCUAAUGGCGUGGAUAUCCAGCCUUUUACGUCCGUCGAAACUCCAUUCUCCGCAGGAGAAUCGGCAGGUGUACCUAAUUCAUCAGGAGCAAUUUCUGAAGCUGCUACGCGUCUUCCACUCUCCCUUAAACCACUCCACUACCUGAUUCGACUUCAGCCUUUCGUCAAUGGCAAUUUCAGCGUCUUCGGGUACAUGGAGGUGGAAAUGGAGGCCCUGGAGCCGACCUCCAACAUCACACUCCAUAUGCUUGAUAUCAUCACUAGGAAUAACACAGUCAAGGUGUUGCAUUCGGGGGGCGUAGAACAGCGACAGGUUGGAAUUAAGAGGCACCACUAUGACCCUGUCCGCCAAUUCUAUGUCGCGCACAUGGACGAAGAGCUGAUAAAAGGAGAGAGGUACACUCUGCAAAUGGAGUUCCUUGGUUACCUCAACGACCAGCUUCGUGGCUUCUACAGGUCGACUUACAGAGACGAUGAUGGGACUACAAAGUACUUAGCUGUGACCCAUUUCCAACCCACGCACGCCCGCCGCGCCUUCCCGUGCUUCGACGAGCCAGCCCUGAAGGCGACCUUCGAGGUCCACCUGGCGAGGGAGACCUGGAUGACGUCGCUCUCCAACAUGCCCCUCGCCGAGACGCGACCUGUGGAAGGUCAGGAGGGCUGGGUGUGGGACCGCUUCGAGAGGAGCGUCCCCAUGUCCACCUACCUCGUCGCCUUCGUCGUGUCGGACUUUUCCUACAUCCCCUCCACCAGUGGCAAAGACACUCUCUUUCGAAUGUGGGCGCAGCCGUCAGCCAUUCGACAUGCUGAAUAUGUCAGUGAAGUCGGCUCAAAGAUUCUGGCAUUCUAUGAGUCUUACUUCAAUGUGUCUUACCCGCUCCCGAAAAUGGAUAUGGUGGCGGUGCCUGACAUAGCAGUGCGGGGCAUGGAGAACUGGGGUCUGAUUACGAUGAUAGACAGGUCAAUUCUAUACGAUCCUGACGUGGACUCAGCAAACCAGGACACGCUGCUCGAAGUCGUGGCCCACGAGCUGGCGCACCAGUGGUUCGGCAACCUGGUCACGCCCCGCUGGUGGGACGACCUGUGGCUCAACGAGGGAUUCGCUACUUUCGUGGCUUACAUCGGGAGCACAUAUGCAGAACCAUCUUUGAAGAAAAUGGAAAAAUUCACCAUCGAGAGACCACAAAGCCUUCGAGAUCGACAGCCUCGAGACCUCCCAUCAGAUCAGCGUCGCGGUUGGAGAUCCCAGCGAGAUCUCGGAAAUUUUCGACCGAAUCGAGUAACAAAGGUAGCCAAGAGCGCAUACACCAACGCCGAACAGGACGAUCUCUGGGAACACCUGACAGCCGCUGCUCACCGUGACCGAAAGCUUCCCGAGAGCUUGACCAUGAAGACGAUCAUGGACACGUGGACGCUACAGAAGGGCUUUCCCAGUCAUCAAGGUAGCGAGGAGUCCAGAUGGGAUGUGUCUCCACAGGAACAUUUUAUGCUGAUGAAGGAGAGAAAUCCGAGCAGGACCAAAGCCUUGCGAUGGUGGGUUCCUCUCAGCUUCACGUCGCAGCGCGAGGCCAACUUCAACCAGACAGAAGCCAGGGGCUGGAUGAAGGACUCUGAGGAGAGAAUUACUCUCACGUCACUGCCCCCGAAGGACCAGUGGGUCAUCUUCAACCUGCAGCAGACGGGCUACUACCGAGUCAACUACGACGACCACAACUGGGCCUCCUCAUCCAGCAGCUGGGACGACCACAAGGUCAUCCACGUCGUCAACCGAGCGCAGAUAAUCGACGACGCCAUGAAUCUUGCUCGAACCGGUCAGUUAAGCUACACGACCGCCUUGGAUGUCUACGGUUACCUGAAGAAGGAAAGGGACCUCCUGCCGUGGACCUCCGGCAUUUCGAACGUCGGCUAUGUGAUGCUCAUGCUGGGCCAGACACCUGCUCUCCCUGCGCUGAGGGUGAAGUAG